CAAACUAGAUAGAUCUAUAAAUAUAGAUCUACAUAGAUUAUAUUUUUAAAUAAUAAAUUUAAAAAAUCUGGUUUAUCCUGUAACCUUGUACAACAAAAUGGCGUCGGUCUUAGUGGCCAAGGCCACCAUUAAUAAUAUUAGUCGUCAGACAUGGAAUCAGUUACCUAAGGCUGCUGGAUGCAUUGUAAUUCAACAAAGAGAUGCAUCAAGCAAUGUACCAACAAAGCUGACAGCCAUGAAAAGGGGCACUGGGGGCCGGAGCUCAUUCAGUGGUGUUGUGGCAACAGUGUUUGGUGCAAAUGGCUUUUUGGGUCGCUAUGUUUGCAAUAAAUUAGGUAAAAUAGGGUCACAAGUAAUUAUCCCUUACAGAUGCGAUGCUAAUGAAGUUGAACGUCUGAGACUUGUAGGAGAUCUUGGUCAAGUACUCUUUUUUCCUUUCCAAUUACGUGAUGAAGAAUCUAUACGAAAGACUGUACAGUACUCAAAUGUUGUCAUAAAUUUAAUUGGACGAGAGUAUGAAACCAAAAAUUUCAAAUAUUCUGAUGUCCAUGUCGCUGGUGCUCGGAGACUUGCCAGAAUAGCCAAAGAAUCUGGUGUACAAACUUUCGUUCAUGUUUCUCAUUUGAAUGCUAAAAAGGAUAUUCAGAAAGUCUGGAAGACUUCAGAGUUUCUAAAGACGAAGUAUGAGUCAGAACUAGCUGUUCGUGAGGAGUUCCCAGAAGCCAUCAUUUUCAAGCCAUCAGACAUGUUUGGUGCAGAAGAUCAAUUCCUGAACUAUUUCAACUAUUACAGUAGGUGGACUGUUUUUGGUCAGUUUAUUCCAUGGAAAAGUGGUCUACCAAUCUGGAAGAAUGGGGAAUACACAAUCAAGCAACCUGUUUAUGUUGCUGAUGUGGCAGAAGGAAUAAUUAAGGCCAUACUUAACCCUGACAUGGCUGGCCAAACUAUUCAAUGUGUUGGACCACAACGCUAUUACUUAGCUGAUAUUGUGGAUUAUGUAAUCAGCAUUUUGAGGCGAGAAGAAGGACUGGUUAGGACAAACAGAACAUUUUGGAUCAGGUUACGGGCUGCUCUUCUAGAUUAUAUCCCAUCUAGGCCUUGGUAUAAUCCUGACAAAUUAGAGAGGGAGGCACUGACUGACUGGACAGUUCCAGGGAUGCUAACUUUAGAAGACCUUGGAGUGACAUUAACCCCCUUUGAUGACAUGGCAAAGUUUCUCUUACACCCAUACCGCCAGUAUGCCUACUAUCAGGAGAAAAUGGGAGAGUUUGCAGAUCCAGAGCCUCCUAAACCUGCAGAAUUUUACCAAGGAAAAAACAUUAGUGCUAGUUAGAGAGUGUUAGUGAUACUUUUUGUUGAUUCUGUUUCUCAUGAUAUCUGAAACUUUGAAAACAGGAGAGUGUUACACACUUUCUCAGAUGCAGUUUAAAUAAAUAGAGAAUGUGUAAAUGUUUUCACUGUAUGAAGUAAUUUAUAUAUAUAUGGUCGUAACUAACAAUUUAGAUUUCUUUCACAUAAUUGACUGGUGAAGUGAUCUAAAGAAAUAAGAUUCACUGAUGUGUUAGUCAUGUUAUUACUUCUGCUGGAUUGUGCUGUAAUGGUCAAGACCACCUAAUUAUAACUGUAAUUAUUGUCAGCUAGUUAACAAAUGGUGACUGCAUUGUAAAAAGUAAAAAAAAAAAAAUAACUUGUUAGUUUGAAUAGUUGAAAUGAAUGUUUCAUUUGUGGCUUUUUUUUUUUUUUUUUUAAAUCUCAGCUAUUGAUAGAACUGAUCUUCUUGUGUCAUGUUCAUUUCAGUAGGUUGAAUCUGACCUAUGUAACUGAUGAUAAUAAAUAUUUAUGUUGACAUUCAAAA